CUGUCACUAUAAUUUGAUUAUUAAAGUGCAUAGUCAGCAGCUUACGCGUCCAAAUAAAAUAAAUAUUUUUAUUGAGAUAUUAAAAUAUAACUUCCCGUACAAUUUACCAUGGGUCGUCGCAAGUCCAAACGCAAAGGAGCUCCAAGAAGAAAAAACAUUGAGCCGAUGCCCCUACUUUUCGAUUGUCCUUUCUGCAAUCACAAGCAGGCAUGUGAAGUAAAAAUAGAUAAGGAGAAAAAACUGGGAAGAAUUGCCUGUAACGUGUGUCAGGAAUUGUUUCAAACCUCUGUGAACUAUCUCACGGAAGCAAUUGAUAUAUUCAACGAUUGGAUUGAUGCUUGCGAGGAGCAGAACUAACCAUUUACACUUUUUAGUGCACUUUACAAUCUAAAUAUUCAUUUAAAAACACGUAAAUACACAUUAACACACGACUCUUAUACUUUAAACAUACACGGAAAUCUACUUAUACUCUGUGUUAUACAAAAUAUUUUACCUUACAUUUCUACUGCAUACUUUUGAGCUGUAACCUUACAUUUAUAUAAUUAACAUG